GACUGCGUCGCAUACUUCGCGGCAUCGCCUGGCUGUUUCCAGAUAUCGGUUAUUGCCAAGGUACUGGUGUAAUAGCUGCUUGCUUGCUGCUGUUUAUGGAGGAAGAAAAUGCUUUCUGGAUGAUGGCGACUAUUGUGGAAGACUUAUUACCCGCAUCAUACUAUUCUUCAACUUUGUUGGGCAUACAAGCUGAUCAACGUGUCAUGCAGACGCUUAUUGCAAAUUAUCUAACAUCCGUUGAUGAGACGCUAAAGAAGCAUGACAUCGAAUUAUCGCUUAUAACAUUGCAUUGGUUCUUGACGCUUUUUGCAAAUGUUGUGCACAUGAAGAUUUUGGUGCGCAUAUGGGAUUGGUUUUUCUAUGAUGGUAGCAUAGUACUCUUUCAACUCACAUUGGGUAUGCUGAAGUUGAAGGAAAAAGAUUUACAAAUCUUGGAAAACUCUGCUCAAAUAUUCAACUCAUUGUCAGACAUACCGGGUGAAGUGGAUGAUGUAGAGAUUCUCUUUAAUCAAGCACUUGAAGUUGGUGGCUCCUUGAGUCAAACCGUCAUCGAUACGCAUCGUCGACGUCAUCUGGCCUAUCUUAUGGCCGAUCAGGGUGGUCUUGUUGGUAAUCCCGAGGCCGUCCCAAAUCUGCCCAAACAACAUUUGGCACGUCGGCAAGUGCGAAAAAGUAAAUCCAUAUUAGAAACAUUGCUAUUUCGAGGAGACAACGAUUCCGUUGAGCUAAAAAAUAAGAAUAUAAGGCAGACGGAGAUUCUAGUCGACUUGCGUGAGGCAAUAUUAAAAGUAGCACGCCACUUUAUAACCAUCGAACCGAAGAUAGCAGCUCACAUACAACUGACAGCAAAUUACAGCACUGAUUCGCAUGCAAAAGACCAUGAAAAUUUCAUCAAUGUCGCACGUCGACGCCAACGAAGAGCAAAGGCCUUACAUGAUUUCGAACGUCAUGAUGAUGAUGAGUUGGGCUUCCGCAAAAAUGACAUCAUCACUAUAAUAAGUCAAAAAGAUGAACACUGUUGGGUGGGAGAACUGAAUGGAUUGCGUGGCUGGUUUCCGGCCAAAUUUGUCGAGUUGUUGGAUGAACGUAGCAAGCUGUACACUUCUGCUGGUGACGAUGCAAUUUCCGAAACUGUUACAGAUUUAGUGCGUGGCACACUUGCGCCAUCCAUCAAGGCUUUUCUCGAGCAUGGUAUGAAAAGACCAUCUUUUUUGGGGGGUCCCAUACAUCCGUGGCUUUUCAUCGAGGAAGCGGCUACGCGUGAAGUUGAAAAAGAUUUCGAAUCGGUAUACAGUCGAUUGGUGCUAUGUAAGACGUAUCGCCUAGAUGAAGAUGGCAAAGUGUUGACUCCAGAGGAGCUGUUGUUCCGUUGCGUGCAAGCAGUAAACCAGUCUCAUGAUGAAGCGCACGCGCAAAUGGACGUGAAGUUGCGUUCAUUAAUAUGUCUUGGCUUGAAUGAGCAAGUGUUGCAUCUAUGGUUGGAAGUACUGUGUUCUUGCCAGGAUGUUGUGCAAAAAUGGUACUAUCCCUGGAGCUAUAUUGACUCGCCGGGUUGGGUGCAAAUAAAGUGUGAGCUAAGGAUACUUUCGCAAUUUGCUUUCAAUUUGAAUCCUGACUGGGAAUUACCACCAAAAAGAGGCAAGGAAUCUCAGCCACUGAAAGAUGGUGUGCGCGACAUGCUGGUUAAGCAUCAUCUCUUCUCAUGGGAUUUGUGAGUCUUGUAGUAGUAGCAUAUGGAGAAGAAAGUGCAUUUGUUUAUUUUUAGUUAAGUAUGUGUGUAGAAGAUUGUAUAGCCACUAAACUAUGUUUUAAGAGUAAAAAUGUGUUUUUGUUAAGUUUUAAAGUUUUAGUUUAAACAUUCCCUUAAUGACGGUGGUAAAAGGUUGAACUCUGCCGCAUUUAGUUGUUUAGCCACAGGUUGAACAAAUUUUUAAUAAUUCUAAUUAAAAAUAUCGAAAUUCUUAGCUAUGCAAAUGCUUAUACAAUACAAACCUUUGGCAACUACUUACAUACAUGCUAUAUACAAGCAAAAUUAUGCAAAUAAACUGAAAAAUAGGUGAAGUUCUUCAAACUAUCGUACUAACAUUUUAAAAUAUGUAUGCUUUCAAAUCUAGCCUCUGCAACUAAAAGCAGGCACUAUAAGAUUUAAACAAACCUCAUACAAAAAAUUGUAUGUUAAAAAAUAUUUAAAUGUUUUAUAAAAUCAGAGUCUGUAUUUAAUAAUGCUAUUAUAAAUAUACAUAUAUCAACUAUCGUCCAUUGCAAUGUGUAUUUAAAUAAAUACUUGAGUUUAUGCUCAACAUAUUUACACGCGCUUGUAUGAAUGUAAAACGCGUAUAUCGUUAAUUUCGAAUUGCAUAUUAGUCAUUGUUUUUAAACAUUCAUAUUUUACUUAUGUAUGUUGUUCCUUAAAAAUAAAAAAAAAUUAUGUAUAUUUAACGCAUAGAAAAAAUAUGUUUAUAUAAACGGCAAAUUUUCGUGUUUAAAUUCAAUUAGAAUUAAAUGUAUUUCUUUCUCAUAUACAUAUGUAUAUCUACAUAAAUAUU